AUGAGACUGCUGGGGGUGAGUGGGGCGGAUGGGGGCCGGCAGGGUCUCCCCGGGGGGUCCCGGGGGGUCCAGCUCCCGCUGGCCCCGUCCCCCGCUCUCAGCCCUCGCGUCUCCCUUCUGCUUCCCUUGCAGGUGGCCGAGGGCGGCCCCCGCCGCGACCCGCCGCCCCUCGCCCUGGAGCUGCCCCCGCGGAAGAGGCUCCCGCCGCCGGCGGCCCCCGAAGAGCGCUGCGCCCGCCGCCCCCCGCCGGAGGGAGCCGGGGCCGCCGCGGGGGGCGAGCCGGGCCCCUUCGAGGGAGCCGGCCGAGGAGGAUGGUGCCCCGGUUGCCGAGCCAAGCUGGCCGAGCUCCAGAGGCAAGCGGUGAAGCUGGCCGCCGCCUGCAGCAACGCCUUGGCGCCGCCGGACCCGCGGUUAUCAGCUUUAAUUUUCGACAAGCUUCAAGUGCCUGAAUACUUACAGAAACCCAGGAGCGAAGGCGAGAGCAGGUGUGACGUUUGCGCCGCCCACCUGAACCAGCUGAAACAAGAAGCCAUCCAGGUCAUCCACAACCUCGACCCGGCCGGCUGCCAAGACGCGGCGGACCCUCCCCACAGUGCCGUGGCGAUGGCUGCCGUGUUGCCGAGGCUGGCCCCCCCGAACGUGGUCACCGUGUCUUCUCAGAGGGACUUGUCUCUCGUGGCCGGGCCGGUGGGUAGGCAGCCAGGCAAAGCGACGGGCCUUUUCUCCACGGCGGAAAGGAAGAAGGGGAUCGGGUGGCCGCAGGCGGUGAGCGGCUUCCCAAACUCCAGUGUUCAAGUGACUGUGGCUCCCAGUGGCCUUAGCGGGGCGUUGAGCUCGGUAACGAUCCAGGCGCAGCAGUACCUCGAGGGGAUGUGGAGCAUCUCCCGGGUGAACAGCUUUCUUCCUCAAGCUUGUCUCGAAGCAACAACAGCGGAGUGUGGGAAAGAAGGUUCUAGUGUUCAAAUCACCUCAGGACAGAACCACUCUGACCAGAAUGGGACUGGCAGUUCGUUGGCUUCUCAGAGCUUGAUAACUCCUGCUGGCGUCUCUGCAGGUACUUCAGCUGCGGCGUCGUUCUUCAUAAGAGCCGCCCAGAAACUUAACCUGUCUUCGAAGAGGAAGAAGCAUCACCCACCUCUGCUGCACCCCCACGACUUCUCCAUCUACGCCACCAAUUUUAGUGGCAUCUUGCAGCUGUGUCCCCCUCCAGCACCGCCCUGCCUUUUGAGAGCUGUGUCGAAAGUCAAGGAUAACCCGGGGAUUGGGAAGGUGAAAGUGAUGGUGAGAAUUUGCCCCUCGCACGACACGUCGGAAUCCAUGUCAUUUCUCAAGGUGGAUCCACGGAAGAAACAGAUCACUCUUUAUGACCCUUCGACAAGUGGCCCUUCCAAUGCGGGUCACCGAAGAGGAGCUGUGGCCGUUCCAAAGAUGUUUGCCUUUGACGCGGUAUUCCCACAGGAUGCUUCCCAGGCCGAGGUGUGCUCUGGAACAGUAGCAGAAGUAAUCCAGUCUGUCGUGAACGGUGCAGAUGGUUGCCUCUUUUGCUUUGGUCAUGUCAAGCUUGGCAAAUCCUACACGAUGAUUGGGAAAGAUAACUCCACGCAGAGCCUCGGCAUAGUCCCCUGCGCUAUCUCCUGGCUUUUCAAAUUAAUCAAUGAGCGCAAGGAAAAGAUGGGCACUCGUUUCUCGAUUCGAGUGUCUGCUGUGGAGAUCAGUGGCAAAGAUGAAAACCUCCAGGAUUUGUUAGCUGAAGUAGCCACCGGCAGUCUUCAGGAUGGGCAGUCCCCUGGGGUUUAUCUUCGAGAAGAUCCAAUCUGCGGGACGCAGCUUCAAAAUCAAAGCGAAUUAAGGGCUCCGACGGCAGAGAAAGCUGCUUUUUACCUCGAUGCAGCCCUGGCAGCCCGGAGCACUAGCAAACCAGAGUGUGAUGAAGAGGAUCGGAGGAAUUCGCACAUGCUCUUCACCCUCCACAUCUAUCAAUACCGCAUGGAGAAGAGCGGCAAAGGGGGCAUGUCCGGGGGUCGCAGCCGUCUACAUCUCAUCGACCUCGGAAGCUGUGAGAAGGUGCUAAGCAAGAGCCGAGAUGGAGGAGGUUCUCUCUGCCUUUCCCUCUCUGCCUUGGGCAGCGUCAUUCUAGCCUUAAUCAAUGGUGCCAAGCAUGUGCCGUACAAGGACAACAAACUGACCAUGCUGCUGAGGGAAUCUCUUGGGAACAUCAACUGCAGAACUACCAUGAUAGCUCAUAUAUCAGAUUCUCCAGCCAAUCAUGCAGAAAGCCUCAGUACAAUUCAGCUUGCCUCACGCAUUCACAGAAUGAGGAAGAAGAAAUCCAAGUAUGCAUCAAGUUCAUCUGGAGGAGAAAGUUCAUGUGAAGAAGGCCACAUACGCAAGCCACACCUGAGACCAUUUCAUCCAAGGACCAUCGCUCUUGACCCCGACAUUCCUAUACUGAAUUUAUCCAGCGAGCCUGAUUAUUCCUCAAGCAGCGAACAGUCCUGCGAUACUGUCAUCUAUGUUGGUCCCAAUGGUACCGCUUUGUCAGACCGGGAACUGACAGAUAACGAAGGCCCCCCAGAGUUUGUUCCCAUCAUCCCUUCCCUGAACAAGAAAAGAAUCAAAGACAACUUUGCCCCAGCUAAAAGCUCCGACAAAGACCAUUUCAAGUGCAACACUUUUGCAGAGUUGCAGGAGAGGUUGGAAUGCAUUGAUGGAAGCGAGGAGCCCGUCAAGUUUCCUUGUGGGGAGGCUCCUGCUGCACCCUGCAGUAGCGCCAUUCCAGGAAGUGCAGAAAAUGGACAGUCUAAACCAAAACCAUCUUCUCCCCCGGGAGCAAUUAAAAAAGGAGUUUUGCAGGAACCAGGGCCUCCGAAGAAAGGGCAUGUUUAUUUCCAGCACAAUGGUGGCUGCCCAGAGAAGAAAGGGGUUCAUUUAAAAACAGAACACACCAAACAGCAAACUGUCCCAGAAAGCAGCAGGGUGGAUUUGGAUGAGGAAAAGAAGACGAUGUCGGAUUCCUACCAGUCACUGACGUGUACCGCUUUUAUCAACCAAGAGCAAUACCAAGCUGUUGCUGAACCGGUUGUAAAAGAGAAAUCUUCGCAUGUGAAAAGACCUUUACCCAGCCCCGCACCUCCGCCCCCACAGCAGCAGCAGCCGUCUCUGUUGAACGCCAAGCAAAAACCCUUUGAUCACAGCCACGCAAUCCGGACGCCGCCCGUGGGAAUGAGUAAGCAACCGGCGAGUGAAUGUGAACCUACUCCUGAAGGAAGCAUGUUUUCAGCAGGCAGCAGCAACUCAGAGCAUCAAGGGGAGGGUAUAGAAGUCCAUAGAUUCCGGUCAUCUUUCCGGGGAAAAUGCUUUGACCGUGAUAUCCUGACGACGACGGUGACUUUGCAGCAGCCUGUGGAGCUCAAUGGGGAGGAUGAGCUUGUCUUUACUGUGGUUGAGGAACUCUCUAUCAGCGGUAUUUUGGAUAACGGAAGGCCUGCCAGCAUCAUCAGCUUUAACAGUGACUGCUCUCUACAAGCCCUUGCCUCUGGCUCUAGGCCAGUUAGCAUCAUUAGCAGUAUAAAUGAUGAGUUUGAUGCAUAUACCUCCCAGGCGAGUGCCUCGGGGGUCAACAUCGACAUUGUAGUACCCUUUGCAGAGAACCCAUUCUCGAGCAGCAGCAGACGUUCCUCCAUCAGUUCAUGGCUAAGCGAAGUUAGUAUCUGUACAAUCGAGAGUGACGGAGGCCAAUCGGGUGACAGUUUCCUUGCCCAGUCUUCUUAUGGCUGUCACAAGUCUGAGGAACCUUUUAACUUGGGCGGUCCUAACUGCCCUGUUCUUUUGAAAGCCACCCUGAACGACAGUGGGUUUUGCUUUUCAGAGCUGGAGAGCGAGAGCAUACAUUCAGGCAAAACAUCUUCAGGUGUCCAUAGAAGCCCUCAAAACCGUGACGUUACCAAAGCAUCUCCGACAGAAAGUACUCUUUGUGUCACAGAUCAGCCAGCAAAAGUUAAUCCUUCUAAUUCGCCAAAUACACCAGUGAUUGAAACGAUACACUCCAGUCUUCCCCGGAGAACAAAAACUACCUCAUCUUCAACCCACAACAAUACCACCCUCAGUUGUAAGGAACUGCAAAAGUCACGUGUGAUGUUUGAAGAUCCUUGGCUAGUUCGUAUGGACAAUCACUUGGAAGCAAAAACCGCAGACACUUUGCUGUCUCCAAAUCCUCCCCUGUUGAGCACUGAGAAACAGCCAGUGAAGUUUGUCCAACCUUUUGCUGGUUCGGCUAAGCCAACAAAAUCCCAGACGAUGCUAGCGUGUUCUCAGAGGGUUGUAGAUGGUUGUGAGAUGUCCUCCAGGUCUUCCAGCGGAGCUGCUAAAAAGUCUGAAGGCAUCACAAAGAUGCCACAGCUCAAAAGAGGAGCCACCACACUGGGCGUGGUUCCUGUGUCUCGUGGCAAUGGUAUGACUUCUGAAGGCAUGAGCAGGGGAAUCUCUGAAGCUGGUUUUGCCACUGGUAGCCUGAAAAAGAAGAAUGUGCAACAAAAAUCAAGCAUGUUACCCAGGCCAAGUGGGAUGAUACCUCCCGCGCCUCCUGUCCGUAAAUCGAGCCUUGAGCAGAAAAAUGGUGGCGUACCAAAUGGUGGUGGGAAAGCUAUGGGAUUGGACUCUUUUAGGGCCACUCUGGGAAAAGCUGAGGAUGAGGUUGAUUUGCAAUUGAGAAUCGGGUCGUGUGCUACUGAAAGCGCCAGCAGCAAAUGCAGCCUCAAGGGAGACCACUCUUUGCCUAAAGCAACAUCGAGUUUGAAGGCAAAGACAUCAAAAAGCGAAACUGUCCAUCGCUAUGGGAGCCACAUGUCCCUUGAAAGGUGUGAUAGCUUGACAUCUGUCGGGGCCAAGGCCACGCUAACUAAGGAAAACGGCAAUGGUGGCAUUAAUAAUGGCAGAACUGGUCGGUUGGUUCCAAGGCUGGGCGUUCCCCCUGCUCCCUCUGGUAUGACAUCACCUCCGUCAUAUACCUCACCUUUACCCUGCAAAAAUAGUCAGGCAAAAAGUGGAGCGAGCCAGAAGGCUCCAGCCAGCGGGAAUAAGAGCCGCAGCCUUUCAGCCAACGGGUCUAAGUCCCUGAGCUCCUCUGUGAAGUCAUUAGCUCAGUCUGUUGGGAAGACGUCUAGCAUCCCUCUGAGUGGGAAAGCAGCCCCACGCUCUGUGCAGGGGGGCAGCAGCAAACCAGGCCGGGGGACAAUCAUGGGAACCAAGCAAGCCAUCAGGGCAGCCAACAGCCGUGUGAACGAGCUGGCAUCGGGCAGUUCGGUCAAGAUGGGCCAUUUCCGAGGUUCAACUGAUUCCGAUAGCGGCAACGACAGUGGGAUUAACCUGAGUGAUGAGAAGUCGCAAGUCUUGGCUCUGCCAUCUCCGUACAGCAAGAUUACUGCCCCGCGGAGACCCCAACGGUACAGCAGUGGGCAUGGGAGCGAUAACAGCAGCGUCUUAAGUGGGGAGCUGCCACCGGCAAUGGGCAGGACGGCUCUUUUUUACCAUAGUGGUGGCAGCAGCGGCUAUGAAAGUAUGAUCCGCGACAGCGAAGCCACUGGCAGUGCAUCAUCAGCUCAUGAUUCCAUGAGUGAAAGUGGGAUAUCUUCACCAGGUCGCAUGAGAAGUUUGAAAUCCCCAAAGAAAAGAUCAACAGGGUUCCAGCGCCGUCGGCUCAUCCCCGCUGCCCUGCCCGAGUCUUCAUCCCUGGGGAGAAAGCAAAAUGUCACCAGGCAGUGGGUUGAUCUGCCACCUCUGCCGGGCACUUUGAAAGAGCCAUUUGAAAUUAAAGUUUACGAGAUUGACGAUGUGGAACGAUUACAGCGACACAGGCAAGAGGAAACUGAGCCUUUCCAGGAUGUUGAAAAGGGCCUGAUCUAUUUUAAUACCAAGUUGAAAAUCCUGGAGAGGCGCCAUCAGCGGAUUAGAGAAGUGAAAGCAAAACACGAGCUCUUGAGAGACGAGUUGGAAGAAACGAAAAGCAGGUUGAUGCUGGAUCCGAAUAAGUGGAAAGGAGAGUUUGAGGUUGACCCUGAUCUUGACAAGGAGUCGCAGGACUAUCUGGAGGCACUGGAACUAGUGACUGAUGAACUGGAGCAGUGUGUGAAUCUGUGUAAGUCGCACGUCAUGAUAGUCACCUGCUUUGACAUUGGGGUGACCCCUGACGCCCAGGAGGGAGCACGGGAAGUGGAAGUUUGAAGGUGGUCUGCAAAGGGACUUGAGGAGGUGAAGCCAAACUUUCAGAAGAAGUGAGAAGGAGGAGGAAUAGGUGUAUUGGAAAGCGGAGGUGAGAACAGGAAGACUUAACGCGACAAAGAAUGUUGUCGAAGCCUGAAAACUGUUGAGAAAUUGGAAUGUUCUAAACCUUUAUGGUGCCUCAGCAACCUAUGAAAUGUACAAAGAUCAACCUGAUUUCUAAUAUAAGAAAGCAGAAAAAAGCCCACAAAAUCAACUAAGAACCAACUCUUAUUUGAAAAGCAGAAGUGCCUUUAAAGUUCAUUUGUGACUUGUUUUUUUUAAUUUUGUACUUGUUGCUAGAAUUGAAACCAGCAAACCUAAACAGACCAUAAAAUGUAUUCCUAUCAAAUAUUUUAUACUGUAUAGUGUAAUUUAUGACUAUAUGUAAAAAAAAUAAAACCCAACAAAAUUGUAGCAAAAGCAAUAAGUAAAUUAUGUUUUCGUACCUGAAUUUGCCUCCUUGUUUCAUGGAAAAGCUGGUUUAUGUAGCAGAACAAAGAAAAAAAUGUAUUAUAAUUGGUUUUUCAUGGUUUAGGAUUUGACAUAUUUUUAUGAACAUUUAUCUAUUGGAAAGGUGUAUUAUGAAAUUUCAGAAUGAUUGGUUUGUACUCAGUUUUUGUACUCUUCCUUUUUCAGAUCAUGAAAGACAUGUUUGUUUUCCAUGUUUUUUAUAUAAAAUAUUAGGGCUGCAACAUAUUGUCGAUUAAUCAGUUAGGUUGAUCGAUUUGAAAACCUUUUGAUGAAUUAGAAAGGUGCCUCCUGAUUAAAC